AUGUCUCGCGCUGGAAUGUGGGCUAAAGCAAUCGGAGGUGGCAUCCUCUUUUGUGUAGGUGGUCCAGCACUCGUUCAAUACAUCCGCCCCUCAGACGAAGAGCUCGUCAAGCGGUAUAACCCGGACCUGCAAAAGCGCAGCGCGGAGCAGGGCGAUCGCAAGGCCCAGGAGUUUGAUGAUUAUGUCCAGAAGCUGAAGGAGUGGUCUAAAUCGGAUAAGUCGAUUUGGUACGCCGCGCAAGAAGAGCAGGAUCGCAAGCGGGCGCAGCUCGAGGCGCAGCGUGCUCAGGCUAAGGAGGAAUCGAGGAUACAGCGCGAGGAAAUGCGCAAGGAGAUGCUGGGUGAGAAAUGA